UUACCCUUCCCCCUUUUUAACUAAACUCCGCGCAGACGCGUUCUCCUCUCCAAUGCCGUUCCCCUUCACCUCUCCAUUUUCACUCCCUUCAACUCACUGCCGAGCUCCACUGCCUUCUUCAAACUGACCCGCCGGAAUCCUUCUCAAACUCCGACAAUGCACGCCAAAACCGACUCCGAAGUCACCAGUAUUGCGCUCUCUUCUCCCACCAGAUCUCCCCGCCGUCCGGUUUACUACGUUCAGAGCCCUUCCAGGGAUUCUAACGAUGGCGAGAAGACUGCGACGUCGUUUCACUCUACUCCUGUUCUUACUAGUCCCAUGGAUUCCCCUCCCCAUUCUCGCUCCUCCGUCGGCCGUCACUCCAGAGAGUCUUCUUCCAGCAGAUUCUCUGGAUCUCUCAAACCUGGAUCCAGGAAGAUCUCUCCCAAUGACGUCUCUCGCGGCGGCCAUCGGAAGGGACAGAAGCCGUGGAAGGAGUGCGAUGUUAUUGAAGAGGAAGGUCUUCUCGAAGAUGAAGAUCGGGAGAGAUCUCUUACUCGUCGCUGCUAUAUCCUCGCUUUUGUUUUGGGAUUUUUUGUUCUGUUUUCUCUUUUCGCUUUGAUUCUCUGGGGUGCUAGCAGGCCGAUGAAGCCCAAGGUCACAAUGAAGAGCAUUAGAUUCAAUCAAUUCAAAGUCCAAGCCGGUUCAGAUUUCACCGGCGUCGCCACCGACAUGGCCUCUGUGAAUUCCACAGUCAAACUCACAUUUAGGAACACCGGAACAUUCUUCGGCGUCCAUGUCUCUUCAACUCCCGUCGAUUUAACCUAUUUCGAAAUCUCAAUCGCAUCAGGAGCCGUUAAGAAUUUCUAUCAAUCACGGAAGAGUCAGAGAUCUCUCACCAUCAACGUAAUCGGCACAAGAAUCCCACUGUACGGCAGCGGAGAAAGUCUGAGCAGCCCCGCCGGAACUCCUAUAACUCCAGUGCCAUUGAAACUGAGCUUCGUGAUCAGAUCCAGAGCCUACGUAUUGGGACAAUUAGUGAAGCCAAAAUUCUACAGACACAUCGAUUGCCCCAUAAUUUUCGAUCCGAAGAAACUCAACGUUCCCAUGUCGCUCAAGAAUUGCACAGUCAGCUGAAAACGAAAUCCAAAUCGAUAAUCAAUCACUUCAUCAUUUAUUAAAUCAGUACUUGUUUUCUUUGUUCUUGAGGUGUCUAGGAGUUCCAAACUGCGACAGCUCGAAAGCGGCAUCCAAACAGGAAACGGGAAAGGGCAAUAGAGGAAUAAGCGACAGAAACGGGGUUUCAGCUGCCUGCCCGUUUGCCCGAGUAGUGAAAUACAGGUUGGUUUACGGGCAGCGACACGUGAAUGGACGUGGACUUUAUUAUUAUUAUUAUUUAUUUUCAAAUUAAUAAUUUAUAAUAAUAUAAUUAAAUUUUAAAAUUACAUUUUUCCCGUUCAUGAUUGUAUUAUUAUUAGUCUUAAUAAUGGAUUACGUAUAUUUUUUGAGUCUGAUUUGUGAUUUGGCCCAUAAUGAACGGUGGCUGAUUGGUAAAAUAAUUGUGUCCAGAGGGGCCAAUUUGUCUUU